UCAAAAAACAAGCCAUGUCUGGAAAUAAAGUUGCUAAACAAAGUACUCUUCCUACGAAAAAAGAAGUAGAAAGUUGGAAUCGUCAAGAACUUUGUAACUUUUUGAUAUCGAAAGGUAUUGAGGAUAAAGAAAUUAAGAUUAUCAUCGACAAACAAAAGGUCGAUGGUUCAACCUUCCUUGAAUUGACCACGGAAACUCUUCAAAAAUGGAAAAUACCAGGCGGACCAGAUAUAAAAAUAUUAAAGUUGGUUAAUGAAAUUCAAGGAGGCAUAAAACCAUUUACCGGGAAGGUAUCCGUUCUUGUUGAUAAUUUCAGUUUGCUUAAGCAAGGUGAAAAAACCGUGAGAUUUUAUGAGAGAGAUGUUGACAGAGUUAAGAUGCUCGUUAGUUACAAAAAUCUUCAAUCAUUCAUAUUAAAUGGACGAGAGUUGGGUGGCCCUUUAGAAAUAAUUUGCUCAUAUUCUUCCAUGAGAAAAAAACUUGUUAGGUUUUGGGAUAAAAUUAAAAGUCAAGGUUUUGUUGUUCACCCCAUUAAAAAAAAACCAAUCAUGACAAGAGAAAAAAGAGUAGAUAUGCAAUUAGCUACCCGUGGAGAGCAAAUCUUGGAAGAGAGGAAUCCUGGAAUAUUGGUUAUAGUAACAGGCGAUAGUGGUUUCAAACCAUUAAUUCGAAGUGCUAUGAAGAAAGGGUGGAAAGUUGAAAUAUGGUUCUUGUCAUUUGGAUUAAAUUUUGAAUAUCAAUCUAAUAAAUUUAGAAGAAGUAACGAUAAUUGCCAAUUUUUGAAAAAGGAGUAUAAAAAAAUUUUAUAUGCACGUGAACUAAAAGGUCCUCGUAACUUUCCUGUUGAAAUCAAACAUGAACAUGUGAAAUUUUUGGAUGAUGAAGACCUGUUGCAAUUAUUCUCUGAUUUGGAUUUAUUUGGAUAUUGGCGUUGGAUCGAUGAUGAUCAUUUAACGAUUUAUGUUAAUACAAAAGAACAGGAAAAAGUAGUAAAUGAUUGGAGGAAUGCAAUUUAA